GGAAGGGUUGACACUUGUUGCUUCCGUCAUUGGGGUGGAUAGUGUUGUUAUUAUUUUUAAACACUUUUGUGGCUUUUGUUCUUGUCGAUUUCGUUUCCCUUGAAACUUUAUUUGUAUAUAGUAAAUUUAUAAGUGAAAAAGGUUCUAAACCCAUGUGAUACAUAGUGUAGCAACAAUGCACCAAUUGUUGAAACGUUCGUUAAGUGCUGUAAGUGUAAAGGAUAGCUCCAAGCGAUGGGUGCUACCGAUGCAACAGUUCUUUCACACGGCAAGGCCAAGCUUAUCGGGCGAAGCUAGCGGUAACCGGGCGCAAUCUUUGGAAACCACUCCGUCAUCACCGGCAACAGCAUCGACAGUUGAUAGUGCUGAUAAGAACAAAUCGAAAAGCCAACGCGAUCGGAAGCAACAAGCGAACGUACGUGUACAGUCAGUGUCCAGCGACUCAUCGCUAAACGACAGCUUUGGAAGGUUUCACAGCUAUCUGCGAAUAUCGCUCACCGAACGGUGCAACCUACGCUGCAAGUAUUGUAUGCCCGCCGAAGGUGUACAACUGACCCAGAAAGAUCAGCUACUAACGAGUGCGGAGGUUAUACGGCUUGCGAAUCUUUUCGUAACCGAGGGUGUGCGGAAGAUACGGCUCACCGGUGGUGAACCAACCGUACGCAAAGAUCUAACCGAGAUCGUUGGCCAGCUGAAGGCCACCAAUCCGUUGCUGGAAAGUGUCGGUAUUACUACGAACGGACUCAUGUUGACGCGGCAACUUGUUGGGCUGCAGCGAGCCGGGCUCGAUGCGCUCAACGUCAGCCUGGACACACUGCGAGCGGCCAAGUACGAGCAGAUAACCCGCCGGAAGGGUUGGGAACGGGUAAUGGCCGGUAUUGACCUUGCGAUCCAGUUGGGCUAUCGGCCAAAGGUGAACUGCGUGCUGAUGAAGGGCUUCAACGAUGACGAGAUUUGUGACUUUGUUGAGUUGACGCGCGAUCGUAACGUAGACGUGCGGUUUAUCGAGUACAUGCCCUUUACCGGUAAUCGGUGGGACACGGACAAGAUGGUGUCGUACCGCACGAUGCUCGAUACGAUACAAGCCCGCUAUCCGGCAUUUGAGCCGCUACCGAACGGACCGAACGAUACGUCGAAGGCGUACCGCGUACCGGGGUACCGGGGCCAGAUGGGGUUCAUUACCUCGAUGACGGAACAUUUCUGUGGCAGUUGCAACCGGUUGCGCAUCACGGCCGACGGCAAUCUGAAGGUGUGCCUGUUCGGCAAUACCGAGGUGUCCCUGCGCGAUGCCCUUCGCAGUCCCGGCUGCACGGAGGACGAUCUGCGCUGUCUCAUCUCGGCCGCCGUCAAGCGCAAAAAGAAACAGCACGCAGGAGCAUCAGCACUUUCGACAUCGUUUGUACACAGCUCAUCACAGCACCGUCCCAUCACACUGGCACACGCUGGAGGGUUGCAGUGUAGGCGUUACUAUUCUUCCCUCAGUCACGUGGACGAGCACACCGGGCGGGCAACGAUGGUCGACGUAGACGAUAAGGUGUCGACCAAGCGGAUCGCCAAGGCACAGGCUACGGUGUACGUUGGCCCCACCAUCGCGGCCCUGAUCGAAAACAACGAGCUAAAAAAGGGAGACGUGCUCUCGAUCUCACAGAUGGCCGCGAUCGUAGCGGCAAAGAAAACAUCCGAUCUGAUACCGCUCUGCCACAACAUUCCACUAUCGUCGAUUAAGGUCGAGACGAGCCUGAACAGUUCCACGAACGAGGUGCACAUUUUGGCCAAAGUGAAAUGUGACGGCAAGACGGGCGUUGAGAUGGAAGCCCUGACAGCGGUUUCCAUCGCUGCACUGACCGUGUACGAUAUGUGCAAAGCGGUGUCGCAUGAAAUCCUGAUCAAGAAUAUCAUGCUGGUGGAGAAAACCGGUGGCAAGAGCGAGUUCUACCGGAAGCAGAUUAAUCACGAACCGACGCUUGAGUCGCGCACGAUGGAAUCACGCGAACCGGACCAGAUGCCGAUCAUUACGCGCGGUUACCGGACGGAUCCGAUCGUCACGAACGAACCGUUCGUGCCGAUGUACAUCUGA